UAUCAUAACAAAAUGAUUUUUUAUAGCCAAACAUAAACAACAAUUAAUAUGUGAUCCAAGCAGGACUCCCAGCUGCCAAACUUAGCGGGGGAUCGAAUAGUGUACAUGUACGUCGUGCACAGUUCCAUUUCAGAAGAAAUGAAUAGGAUAUGGUAUUUAUAUUGCUUUCGUUCUUGACCUCAACAGUAUUGGGACUAUAAAUUAAACUGUAUUAGCGAGAGGUUUGUAGGCAGAGGAUUGUAUCUACAUCCAGUCCAAUAAGAGAGCGCUCUAGUCUACAAGGAUAUCUAUAAGGGGAGUAUAAUGACGUCACAAUCGGCAACAUAUGAUGCCCUUUUAACCGACACUAUCGGUAUUGGGCGUUACCAAUAUCUCUGUUCAGCCGGACUUAUAAUAGCCAAUAUCAUAGAAUUUUGGCAGAUUUCUUUGACGAACUUUACGGCAGCGUUUAUGGACCACUGGUGUCAUAUACCAGAGAUCUACUCUGUUCUGAACACCUCCGUCCACACCGAGGAUGUUAUCAAGAGUGUUACGAUUCCAUUAGAGAAUCGUGGAGGGAUUGAAAGUUACAGCAAAUGUCGCAUUUAUGCAGUGAACUUUUCAGCUUUUUCAGAGGAGCAGUUACUUAGCGGGAUACACAAAAUUAACGCAACGACAAGAGCUUGCAGGGAUGGGUGGCAUUUCGACACAUCGCACUACGUGUCGACCCUUAUGAGUCAGUACGACCUUGUUUGUGAAGAUGAAUAUCUGACUACAUUUUCGGCUUCGGCACUAGUGGUGGGAUCUCUUAUUGGGGGCUAUAUAUCGGGACAGGUUGCCGACAGGUUUGGAAGGUUAACGACUGCCAGAGUUAUGUAUUUCAUACUGUUUGCGUCGGCAACUGGCGCCAUCUAUGCUCCAACAUACGCCAUCUAUCUAGUGCUGAGGAUAUUUGUAGGAAUUGGCCUAAUUGCAGGGUAUACCCCGCAUUUCGUGAGUUGUGUAGAAAUGUUAACAUCGAGGGGGCGGAGUGUGUUGAUAAUUGUAAUGACGGCACAGUUUAUCGUGACGUUAGGUCCGUUGCCGUUGACGGCAUACUUUGUGAGGAAUCAUAUAACUCUGCAGUUUAUCGCAGCCGGCAUCUUGCUCAUUCCAAUAGUAAUCGUUUUAUUCACCCCCGAGAGUGCACGGUGGCAUUUAUCCGUCGGACAAGUGGACGCUGCCACAGGCAUCAUUAAAACUAUGACGACGACAAACGGAAGAGCAACGCCAGAUAACUAUGAAGAAAUCAUCAAGGCUAUAGCUGAGAACGAGCGUUCCUUAGACGGCGGACAUAAGGGAACCAUAAUAGACCUUUGUAGAACGCCUAGGUUGAGACGUCACACAUUCAUAAUUUUUGCGAUAUGGUUUGCCGAUAUCUUUGGAAACUAUGCGAUGCGCUUCAACAUUGGAACCCUAGUACCUGGAAACAUCUACUUGAAUAUGUAUUUGGUAUUUGGAUUGGGUUCGGCCCUACAACUUCCAAUACACUACCUGGCACACUACAAGAUAGGGCGUGUAAAGACAUUCACCAUUGCAUUAGUUUUAUCUGGAGUUCUAAGUUUAAGCAUGAUAGGGCUCGUGACGAUUCAAGGAUUGCCUAUUCUUGCUGCUAUAGCAUCAUUGAUCGGAACUGCAUUUAUAGAGACAAUUCAUCGAAUAAUCUACAUCUACAGCGGUGAAAUCUUUCCCACUCCAGCAAGAGGAGCAGGGGUUGGGUGUGGUUCAAGUAUAGGGAGGAUUGGGUCACUUGUGGCACCACAGAUCCCGCUGCUCGGCAAUAUCUGGUACGGUCUUCCAUAUGUAGCGAUGGGAGUCAUUCCUAUUAUAGUCGGAAUCAUGUGCUUUUGGUUACCAGAAACAAUGAAUAAGAGGAUGCCAGAUACUUUUGUAGAAGGCGAGUUAUUUGGAUUAUUAAGAAUAGCCAAACAAGUCUCAUUUGUCCGCAAUGAAACAACAAAUGAUAACAGUAACGGUAAUCAAGACGAAGAGUGUGAUGGUAAAAGGGGCCAUACAGAUUGUGCAACAGCAAGCGUAUUUUCAAUCGAUCCCUAUUAUACUGAUAUUAAUAGGGGCGGAAAAUGUGAUGCAACAGCUAGCGUAGUUUUCAAAUGAUCCCUACCACACUGACGGGACGUAGCGUCCUCAGAUGACAUAAGGGAUAGUCAGUUAGAGUAUUUUCCGAUGCUUCAUAGGGAUGUACUACUCUUUUUGUAGGACGAUUUUGACACAUCUUUUAUAAUAUGAACUGUAGUUUAUUUAAAAGAAUAUACAGUUGUAACGAAG